AUGCCUACUUACUUCAGUGGUUCAGUACGAUCUGCCGAUCAUGCCGAAGGAGUUGUCAAGAAAGAAGGCUUACAGCUUGAUGGCGCUAGCCUUAUCACGACUCUGAAGCCAAUCCCAAAAGAACUGCCAAAAGACCAGAAAAGAUUCCAUGUGAUGGGUAUAAGCGAUAGGACUAUAAGAGACGGACUCGUAUCGUUCCUGGAGGUAGUGAGCGGAAAAGAAGUUGAGAGUUUACUUUUUGGUGAUAAUUCCAAUUGUGUGGUUAGUUUUACUGAGCCAGUAGAUUUUCCUGAACUGCAGAGGAUAUGCAAAACAAGCUCCUUGGACGAUUGCUUCUUUAACAUAGAGCAAGUCAAAGUAUGUGAUACCAUUGAAAUAUCAGGAUUUACUGUAAAUACAACCCAAGACACGAUUUUGUACUACUUCAGAAAUAAACGAAAUGGAGGUGGAGAUGUGGAACGUAUCGAUAUGAUUGACGAGGGGAGAGUGUUGCUUUCUUUUGAGGACCACAAAGAAAGAAAAAAAUCUUCUGAAUAA